CGCAGGCGCGAACUCCUGGCGGGACCAGGCGGCACAGGAAAUAACUAGCAAGUGAAAAGGAACUGCAAGGGGCCGUUCGCCUUACGGCCUGGUAUAGAAGCAGUGUUAUGGAAACUACAGCUUUUGGCAUCUGUAUUGAAACUGUAGCACUUGGAAAACAACCGGCCGAAUUUCUGAAAGAGGUAAAAAUAUUCACUACAGCCCUCGCCUCUACGUCCCGUUGUCCAACAGCAAGAAGAGGGCGCGCUCAGUUAUGGGCGCGGCCUAUAGGGUCCAGUCGGAUGAUGGACAGCUGGGAAAUAUCGCGGGAAGAGGAAGCGGCUGGAGAGCUUAGAAAUCACUAUGGUGACGGGAAGGUCUGGAGGCUUCUAGUAACUAUCCUCAUCUCUGAUAGCAAUCGCCACCGCUUUUCUGCAGUUUGAGUGAAUAGAAUACAAUCAAGUGGCAUUUUAAAUUUUUGCUGGAGGUGAAGACAUGAGACUGAAGAUAUCGCUUUUGAAAGAACCAAAACAUCAAGAACUAGUAAGCUGUGUGGGCUGGACAACUGCUGAGGAGCUGUAUUCAUGUAGUGACGAUCACCAGAUAGUCAAGUGGAACUUGUUAACCAGUGAAACAAGUCAAAUUGUAAAGCUUCCUGAUGAUAUCUACCCCAUUGAUCUUCACUGGUUUCCAAAAAGCUUAGGUGUAAAGAAACAAACUCAAGCAGAAAGCUUUGUUCUCACAAGUUCUGAUGGUAAAUUUCAUCUAAUUUCCAAGUUAGGACGAGUGGAAAAGAGUGUAGAGGCUCACUGUGGAGCUGUGCUUGCAGGAAGGUGGAAUUAUGAAGGAACAGCCUUAGUUACAGUUGGAGAAGAUGGACAGGUGAAGAUCUGGUCAAAGACCGGGAUGCUCAGAUCAACAUUAGCUCAGCAAGGAAUACCAGUUUAUUCAGUAGCAUGGGGUCCUGAUUCUGAAAAGGUUCUUUACACAGCAGGCAAGCAGCUGAUCAUUAAACCUCUUCAACCAAAUGCUAAAGUUUUACAGUGGAAAGCUCAUGAUGGCAUUAUUUUAAAAGUAGACUGGAACUCAGUCAAUGAUCUUAUUUUAUCUGCUGGGGAAGACUGUAAGUACAAGGUCUGGGAUAGUUAUGGCCGCCUGCUCUACAGCUCACAACCUCAUGAGCAUCCUAUUACCUCAGUUGCCUGGGCUCCUGAUGGAGAACUAUUUGCUGUUGGAUCAUUUCAUACUUUACGCUUGUGUGAUAAAACUGGGUGGUCGUAUGCUUUAGAAAAACCCAACACUGGCAGUAUAUUUAAUAUUGCAUGGUCAAUUGAUGGCACUCAGAUUGCUGGAGCCUGUGGAAAUGGGCAUGUUGUUUUUGCACACGUGGUGGAGCAGCACUGGGAGUGGAAAAAUUUUCAAGUAACGUUAACCAAGAGAAGGACCAUGCAGGUUCGUAAUGUUCUUAAUGAUGCAGUGGAUUUGCUGGAAUUCCGUGAUCGAGUCAUUAAAGCCUCUUUAAACUAUGCACACUUAGUCGUUUCAACAUCUCUUCAAUGUUAUGUGUUCUCUACGAAGAACUGGAAUACACCACUUAUAUUUGAUCUCAAAGAAGGAACUGUUAGUUUAAUUCUGCAAGCAGAAAGACAUUUUCUUCUGGUGGAUGGUGGUGGUAUCUAUUUAUAUUCUUAUGAAGGGCGCUUCAUUUCUUCUCCAAAGUUCCCUGGCAUGAGAACAGACAUUCUGAAUGCACAGACGGUGUCUCUGAGUAAUGAUACUAUUGCAAUAAAAGACAAAGCUGAUGAGAAAAUAAUCUUUCUCUUUGAAGCAUCAACUGGAAAACCCUUAGGGGAUGGAAGACUUCUUUCUCAUAAGAAUGAAAUAUUGGAAAUUGCUGUGGAUCAAAAAGGACUUACCAAUGACCGAAAAAUUGCUUUCAUUGAUAAAAAUAGAGAUCUCUAUAUCACCUCAGUGAAACGAUUUGGGAAGGAAGAACAAAUUAUCAAACUCGGAACCAUGGUGCAUACUGUGGCAUGGUGUGAUACAUGCAAUAUCCUUUGUGGACUUCAGGAUACUCGGUUUACAGUGUGGUAUUAUCCCAGUACGGUUUAUGUGGACAGAGACAUUUUGCCUAAAACAUUGUAUGAAAAGGAUGCAAGUGAAUAUAGUAAAAACCCACAUAUUGUGAGUUUUGUUGGCAAUCAGGUGACUAUAAGAAGAGCUGAUGGCUCCUUGGUACACAUCAGCAUAUCACCAUAUCCUGCUAUACUCCAUGAGUAUGUAAGCAGCUCAAAAUGGGAGGAUGCUGUAAGACUUUGUCGCUUUGUUAAGGAGCAGAGCAUGUGGGCUUGCCUAGCUGCUAUGGCAGUUGCUAAUCGUGACAUGACUACUGCAGAAAUAGCCUAUGCAGCGAUUGGUGAAAUUGAUAAGGUUCGAUACAUCAAUUCUAUAAAAGAUCUUCCAUCUAAAGAGUCAAAAAUGGCCCACAUACUACUGUUUAGUGGGAACAUACAGGAGGCUGAAAUAAUACUGCUUCAAGCUGGCCUUGUUUAUCAAGCAAUCCAAAUCAAUAUUAAUCUCUAUAACUGGGAAAGGGCACUAGAAUUGGCUGUAAAAUACAAAACCCAUGUUGACACUGUUCUUGCCUACCGUCAGAAGUUUUUAGAGACAUUUGGUAAACAGGAAACUAAUACACGAUAUAUGCAAUAUGCAGAGGGCCUCCAGAUAGACUGGGAGAAGAUUAAAGCUAAAAUUGAAAUGGAAAUUGCUAAAGAACGAGAGAGGUCAUCAAGCAGCCAGCCUGGCAAGAACUUGGGUCUGAAGCACUGAGUGCUAUGCUCAACUGAAGAAGCUUUGACUUUAAGCUAAUUCUGAUUAACCAAAGAAGAGCAUGUCUUAAUGGCUACAGAAAAAAAAAAAAAAAAAACUAUUAAUUUAGGGUUGGGGUGUUGUUCAGUGGUAGAGUACCUGCCUAGCAUGCAUGACCAGCACUGAAGAAAGACAAAGAAAGAAAGAGGCAUUAUUUUCAAGUAAUUGCAUAAAUACUUUCUGUAUAUUUAAUACUAAAAGUAUAUUAAGACAAGUUAAACACAAAAUAAUGUAAUUCCAAGCCAGGUGUGGUGGCGCAUGCCUUUAAUCCCAGCACUUGCGAGGCAGAGAUAGGAGGAUUGCCAUGAGUUUGAGGCCACCCUGAGACUACACAGUGAAUUCCAGUUCAGCCUGAGCUAGACUGAGACCCUACCUCAAAAAACCAAUAAUAAUAAUAAUGUAAUUCCAUCUUUUAUAUUUUUUAAGUCUAAUAAUUAACAAAAUAUUUCUAUAUACUUAUAGUCUAGAGUAGUGUUGAUUACAUUCUAGUUUUGUUCACAACUUUAUUCCAGAAUCUUAAGCAUAAACAAACAUUAGGGUCUGCAGAGAUAGCUUAGCAGUUAAGGUGUUUGCCUGCAAAGCCAAAGGAUCCUGGUUUGGUUUUCCAGGACCCAUGUAAGCCAGAAGCACAAGGGCGGGGGCACAUGCAUCUGGAAUUUGUUUGCAAUGGCUGGAUGCCCUGGUGCGCCCAUUCUUUCUCUCUCUCUCAAUUAAUUAACUAACUAAAUAAGUAAAGUAUAUAUUUAAAAUUUUAGUAUUAAUGUUGAUAAUAAAGCAUUAACUGUUUAAAAUGUA